AACCGCUACGUGAAAAACGUCAGUUCGUAUUCAUUGGCCAGUGGUUACAUUUGAAAUGCAACGCGCCUGUCUUGAAAACACAAUCCAUGAGUUGUGCGAGAGAUGACCCAAACAAAAGAAUAAAACAUUUAGUCAUUCAAGUCGUCAAAACAUUGACGUGUUUAAUAAUCGCUGUUUUGUUGCUCUUUUUUGUACCGGGAGUGGUGGACUCAUACGAAAAAUGGACACUAGUGUGUUAAACCUACACAGCUUGUUUGAAAAAUUGCGGUCUCAUGUCGACAUACUCAAUGAGAGCAUUGAACCCCAGUUCAUCCAGAUGGCCCUCAACUUUGAGGACUGCCGUCGAAGAUGGCUCCGGGUUGAGCAGGACCUAGGAUCCUGCAAGGAAGUGCUUGCCAAGGCAGAAACAGAGAGGGGAUCCCUGGAGGUCAAACUCAAGCAUGCUCGUAAUCAAGUUGAUGUCGAAAUUCGGCGGCGCCAAAAGGCAGAGGCUGAUUGUGAGAAAUUGGACCGUCAGAUCCAGCUGAUUCGGGAGCUACUGAUCACUGAGGGCUCCAGCAACAACAUCCAGCUGAAUGAAGAGCAGCGUUCUGCUUUGGCCUUCCUCAAUGCACGUUCUCAGGCGGCACCAGCCAACCUUAACACCAGCAGAAGAUUGCAGACAAUAGAUGAGUCUGCCUCCAUUUUAUCAGACAUCAGCUAUGAUAAAACGGAUGACUCUCUGGACUGGGACUCGUCCAUUGUGAGAACUGUGAGACUGAAGAAACGUGAAAAGCGGCGCUCUGCCUCCAGAAACUUCAUUGACGGUCCACCAUGCGCAUCCAAAAGGUCUCGGUCAACAGGCAGAACUUCUGAAAGGGGAAAUGAGUCUCUUGUGGCGAAGACGACAUUGACCGUGCCCGCUGACGGAGGGGCCAUUGAAGCCGUUUCUACCAUUGAGGCGGUUCCCUACUGGACACGGAGUAGAAGGAAGACCGCUACGCUGGAGUGGGACUCUGAGUCAGUCAAGUCUGAGGAAGUCAUAUUCAAAGAGCCCAGCCGACCGGAGAAAGAGAGCAGGCCUCAGGAACCCAGCACACCCCAAAGUAACGGGGGUGUUCGUCUUCACGAGUUUGUUUCCAAAAUGGUAAUCAAGCCAGAGUCUUGUGUGCCUUGUGGCAAGAGGAUCAAGUUUGGGAAGAUCUCCCUGAAGUGCCGUGACUGUAGAGUGGUCACCCACCCCGAGUGUCGUGAACGCUGUCCCCUCCCAUGCAUCCCCAGUCUUGGGGGUACGCCUGUCAGAAUUGGAGAGGGAACACUUGCAGACUACGUCUCCCAUGUUCAGUCUCCCAUGAUUCCUUCUUUGGUGGUGCACUGUGUCAAUGAGAUUGAGCAGAGGGGCCUACAUGAGACUGGCCUUUAUCGGCUGUCCGGUUCUGAUCGCACGAUCAAAGAGUUGAAGGAAAAGUUCCUGAGGGGGAAGACUGUGCCUCUGCUAAGCAAGGUGGAUGAUAUUCACUGCAUCACUGGCCUCCUCAAGGACUUCCUAAGGAACCUCAAAGAGCCCCUCCUUACCUUCCGUCUCAACCGCACCUUUAUGGAGGCUGCAGAGCUUGCGGAUGAGGACAACAGCAUUGCCCUGAUGUACCAGACCAUAAGUGACCUCCCACAGGCUAACAGGGAUACCCUGGCCUUCUUGACCAUUCACCUCCAGAGGGUCGCGCAAAGCCUGGACACUAAGAUGGACAUCACCAACCUGGCACGGGUGUUUGGGCCUACGAUUGUUGGCCAUGCGGUGCCUGACCCAGAGCCCAUGACCAUCCUGCAGGACACCAAACGUCAACCCAAGGUUAUUGAGCGGCUGCUGGGCCUGCCGCUGGAGUACUGGAGCCAGUUCAUGAUGGUGGACCAUGACCAGCCGCACCCUGAUCACAUGAUCAUUGAGAACGCUAAUUGUUACACUCCUGACCAGAAAGUGAGCAUUUUGGGUCCCCUUACCACUCCAGAACACCACCAGAUGAACAAAACCCCAUCCUCCAGCUCAUUGGGCCAACGCAUGAGAUCCACUUUAAGCAAGACUACACCAAAAUUCGGGAGUAAGAGCAAGUCUGUUGUGGAAUUGGGAUUCACCAGUCGCCAGGGAAACUUCUUUGCGUCUCCGCUCCUCAAGUAAUCCAAAGCAGCCACAGAGUGGGACAAUUUCUGAUGGAUGGAUUUUUACUGUUUUGCUCCACAAUAUUACACCAGACUGAUGUCAGUGAAGCUUCCACAGAUGUUGUAAAUGCAUCUUUUAUAGGUUUUAUAUUUCAAAAUAGUAAGAUUUGUAUUUUAAUGUUUCACCUGUGUUAUUGCAUCUUUAUCUAACCAAAAGGGAACGUCAAUUUGGAAGCUAAGAUUUCUUUAGAAAUCUGCUCAGAAUAUAUGUUCCAUUGAUUUCUCAUAACCAGUUAUAAAUUCUAGGUUUGUAGAAAAAAAAAAGUAAGUUUUCUUUUCUUCAGAAUCCUCCUGGGAUUUAUUUACAAAGGAAAAAAUAUUGUUUCAACAUUGGUUGAAAAUGCACUUGUCUGAUUUUGUCAUAUUAAUGUGUCCGACAUGCAGUUUAACCUUUGCAUCACUUUUAGUAAAACCGUUGCAUUGUUUUUUAUGAUGGGCUAAACUGAGUGGGAUAUUUUUUUUUGUUUUCUUUUCCUGUUUGUUUGUAUAAUCACUUUUUGAAAUGUCUACUUGGUUUAGCAGUUAGAUGUUGCAUGUUUUAUUCAGUUUGUCUUUUAUAUAAUCCAGACUAGCCACAGUAUUGCAAUGACAAGACAUUAGAAGUCUGCUUUCUUCGGCUAUAAUCAACUUACUUAGAAGUAUCAGUCUGCUUGGUGAGAUGGGUACAUUUGGACUUUGAUUCAUUCAACUUAGUGGUACACAUUUGAAGAGAAGAAAAAAACAUUUCACAUUGUGUAUAUACUGUAGCUUGCACUACAAGUGCUCUGCCUAAUUACUAAAACUUCGACUUGUCUUCA